GUGACAAGAUUUUUUUUUCCUUCCCGAAGACGUUCAGAGGAUGUGAUGAACUAAGGAUACAAGGAACAGCUGCACAAACACUGGAUUUUUUGCUCUGUGACAUCUUAAAGGAAGCAGGCUGUGAGCCAAGUGGAAGACCGAGGACAGAUAUGAAUGUGUUCCCAAGAUUUCCUGGUGGUUUAUGGCAUUUUCCAAAGUCCUAUGUGAGGGCCGUUCUUGACCAAGAAGACCCAAGGAGACCAUCUCUGAAAUCAAGUCCGGAUGAAGAACUAAGAGACAAAAAGUGAAUAUGGUUUUUGCUCACAGAAUGGAUAACAUCAAGCCACCUUUGGUUGUUCCUUCGCUUCUGAUGCCCCUCCAGAAUCACAGCUGCACUGAAACAGCCGCGCCUCUGCCAAGCCAUGACCCAGUGGAAUUAUAUGAGGAGCACAGGCGGAUGAGCAACAGAACAGACCUUCAGUAUGGACUGAAACCCGGGGAAGUGGCCACAGCCAGCAUUUUCUUUGGGACUCUGUGGUUGUUUUCUAUCUUGGGCAAUUCCCUGGUUUGUUUGGUCAUCCAUAGGAGUAGGAGGACUCAGUCCACCACCAACUACUUUGUGGUCUCCAUGGCAUGUGCUGAUCUUCUCAUCAGUGUGGCCAGCACUCCAUUUGUCCUGCUGCAGUUCACCACUGGAAGGUGGACACUUGGUAGUGCCAUGUGCAAGGUGGUACGAUACUUUCAGUAUCUCACUCCGGGUGUCCAGAUCUAUGUUCUUCUCUCUAUCUGCAUAGACCGGUUCUACACCAUUGUUUACCCACUGAGCUUCAAGGUAUCCAGAGAAAAGGCCAAGAAAAUGAUCGCAGCAUCCUGGAUCUUUGAAGCAGCCUUUGUGACCCCCAUCCUUUUUUUCUAUGGCUCCAACUGGGACAGUCACUGUAACUAUUUUCUCCCUUCCUCCUGGGAAGGGACUGCCUACACUGUCAUCCACUUCUUAGUGGGCUUUGUGAUUCCAUCUGUCCUCAUAAUCUUAUUCUACCAGAAAGUCAUAAAGUAUAUUUGGAGAAUAGGCUCUGAUGGUCGAACGGUGAGGAGGACAAUGAACAUUGUCCCAAGGACAAAAGUGAAAACAGUCAAGAUGUUCCUCAUUUUAAAUCUCUUAUUUUUGUUCUCCUGGCUGCCUUUUCAUGUAGCUCAGCUCUGGCACCCCCAUGACCAAGACUAUAAGAGAAGUUCCCUUGUUUUCACAGCGAUCACAUGGAUAUCCUUUAGUUCUUCAGCCUCUAAGCCGACUCUUUACUCAAUUUAUAAUGCCAAUUUUAGGAGGGGGAUGAAAGAGACUUUUUGCAUGUCCUCGAUGAAAUGUUAUCGAAGCAAUGCCUAUACUAUCACAACAAGCUCAAGGAUGGCCAAAAAAAACUACGUUGGCAUUUCAGAAAUUCCUCCCAUGGCCAUAACUAUAACCAAAGACUCAAUCUAUGAUUCAUUUGACAGAGAAGCCAAGGAAAAGAAGCUUGCUUGGCCCAUUAACUCAAAUCCACCAAAUACUUUUGUCUAAUUUCUCAGUAUUCUUUCACUUAUUGUUAUGCACUGGAGAUUAAAAAAAAAAAAAACUUUAAAACAAGUUAUUUACAUAUUUUUCACUCAACUUUCUGAGUUAUUUUGUAAAAUGCAUUUAUUUGUUGAUUAUAGACUAUUUAAAGUCUAAAAACUAGACUUUUAUACUAGUUGCUUUUUGUUUUAGGAAAAGCAUUCACCUUAACUGUGGUCAUUCUUUUACUGUAUUACUUGAGAUGCACAAAAAA